UUCUGGGAAUAUUGGUCAGCGCUGAGAAGAUUUCAUGAGUGUUGCGUACUUAUACCAAGGGUGAAUCGUAAGGCUGCGCCCGUGAGCGAGCCUUAAGAUGUCUCUGGCAGAAACUGCGGCCUCUGUGAGUGGCGCCUUCGAUAGCAUACCCAUCAUCGAUAUAGGACAUGCGUCGACACCUGAGGAACGGGCUGCGUUGGCUCGGCAGAUCAGGGAUGCUUGCAUGAAUGUUGGGUUCUUUUACAUUAGCAACCAUGGUAUACCCCAGGAGACCAUUGGCAAGGUCUGUUCGGCCAUGGAAGCUUACUUUUCUCUCCCACUGGAGACGAAGAUGAAGCUUUACCACAGAGAUAAGAAUUUCAGGGGAUACGAACCCGUGUUCAGCUCCAACGCCGACCCAGCCAACAGAGCCGACCUACAUGAAGGCUUCAUAUUUGGUUGGGAAGAAUUGGUGCCCAAGGAAAACGACGAAAAGCGAACGAAUGAUGGUGCCAUGGCUGGUGCGAAUGUAUGGCCCUCGGAACCCUCUGGGUUCCGUGAAGCUUGCCUCAAUUAUUACCAUGCAGCAGUUGGUGUCGGAAGGGUCCUGUUCCACUUAUUUGCCCUUGCAUUGGAUCUCCCUGCAACAUACUUUGAUGACAAGACCAAGAAUUCUGCUGCAUCCAUGCGUUUGAUCCAUUACCCACCUCAAACUGGUCCCGAAGGCGAUGGUAUCGUUGGAAUCGGUGCACACUCAGAUUUCAGGUGUUUCACCAUCUUAUGGCAAGAACCCGAUAUUCAGGCUCUUGAACUACUGAACUCCGAGAAGCAAUGGGUAAAGGCACCACCGAUCCCCGGAACGCUUGUUAUCAACAUUGGUGACCAACUUGCACGAUGGACGAACGACGUAUUUAGGUCGACCGUGCAUAGAGCGAUCAACAGGAGCGGCGUUCGUCGAUAUUCCAUUCCUCUGUUCUUCGGCACGGAUUAUCACGUCCAGAUCGAACCCAUGCCGAGUUGUGUAUCCCCUGAGAGACCGCCCAAGUACGAACCCGUCGCUGCAGGGGACUACGUCCACCAGCGUCUGCAAGAGGUGUAUUACCAAGACACCGCUACCUCUUGAUGUGGCUGGGCAACUUGUCGAGGAGUCAAUUUAUAAUUGAAUGCACGCUUUUUACAUAGCACGAGUGGUAUUUGUUAGAUAGGUUUCCAGCCUCGUCUCCCGCAUCUUGUUAGCGGUUGCGUCCCGUUCUUCAGUCGUUAGUUCCAGUUGGGCAAUUGCCAAUAUUGCUGACUAGCAGCGUAUUUCUGUAAAUUUCGGCCAAUAAUUCAAUCAUUGCGGGUGCUCGCAAUGCUUAUACACAUU